GUUGUCAUUUCUAUUUCCAAUCAUGGGGUGCUGCGGUUCUAAAGAUGAAAGUAGAAGUGAAGGAGUUACUGAACGAAAAUGUACCGACGUUUUCUGGUUGAUUUUGUUUAUCCUUUUUUGGUUUUUGAUGAUCGUCAUAGCUGCGUUUUCGUUCGUUUACGGGAACCCACUACGGAUCAUCAACGGAUAUGACUCUUUCGGCAACACUUGUGGCACAAGUAGUAACAAAGCCUUUGGAAACAUGCCCCUGAGCGGAAUCGACACCAGCGAAAAGAAAUAUUUGCUGUUUUUUGAUGUAAAAGAACUGAAGCAAUCUCUUAAGAUAUGUGUCAGGGAAUGUCCGAGGAUGACGCUGAAUUCUCUGCAAGAUCUAAACAGUCACCACAGACUGGGGAUCGAUUAUUGCAGAUAUGACUUUAAUUACAACGAGCUAAAUAAUCCAACUGCGAAUUCGUUAUCCGGCCAAUUCGGCCCUUGUCCAAGUUUGCCUGUUUUUAAAAGUGUGUCAGUUUUAAAUCGCUGCGUACCAAAACAGGUUACAGAAGUAGGAGAGUCCAUCGUAAGCAACUUUUAUGGACUUCUAAACAGCUGGAAUGUGGUUGAACAAGUUUUGGGAGAUCUUUACAGUACAUGGAAGGAAAUAUUAGGGUUAACUUUCUUAGCUUUGGUUCUAUCGCUAUUUACCAUCAGUAUUUUGCACUGUUUGGCCCAUUUAGUGUCAUACCUCAUCAUGAUAGGCUUUACAGUUGCUAGUAUAGCAGGUACAGCUUUCUUAUGGUACACGUAUGUUGAUAUUAAGUAUCAUCUAAAUCAAACGCAGAAGUAUAUGCUGCUAUCUGAAUCCGUUAGGAACGAAACUGCCUUCCUCUGGUAUUCGAUUAUUGCUUCUAUCAUUACGGCUGUUAUUUUAUUAAUAAUAGUUUUUAUGAGAAAGAAAGUGGACUUUCUAGCAGAUCUGUUCCAAGAGACCUCAAAGUGUGUCAUGCACCUUCCUCAACUGUUCAUUCAACCUAUAUUAACAUUUGCUGUAUUAUUGCUGUUUUUCAUGUUCUGGCUCUUCGUAGUGUUAUGCUUGGCCACGGCUUCAUUCCCGGAAAAAGGCGAGAUGACUCGAAAUACCGCAGCCAUAGUUAACUCGAGCCGUAGCGGUAGCUAUGCUUCAAAAUUGGUAUAUCCUUCUCAAACCGACCAAAAGGAGAUGAAUUUGGAGACAUUUGCCGAUAAAGUUAAAAUUUCAGUAGUUGACUAUGUCGAUGCUAGCUGGGUAAGAGGUAUGUGGUGGGUGUACUUCAUCGGGCUAAUAUGGACUUCCGAAUUUAUAAUGGCCUGCCAACAAAUGGUCAUAGCAGGAUCUGUCGCACAUUGGUUCUACAAGCACAAAUACAAGGAUGAAUCGCAUUGUUGCUACGCGACUGGAAAGUUGAUCAAAUAUCAUCUGGGUUCUGUAGCUCUUGGUUCCCUGAUUAUCACUGCCUUUAAAAUUCCCAGGUUGAUACUGAUGUACCUACAUGAAAAAUUUAAUAGAGGAAAGUCCAAGGGUAACGAAUGUGCAACAUGUGGUUUACGGUGCUGCAUCUGCUGCUUCUAUUGUUUGGAGAAAUUCAUUCGAUAUCUGAAUCACAACGCCUACACCGUUAUUGCUAUAGAUGGUUCCAAUUUCUGUAAAGCUGCUGGAACGGCCUUUGAAGUACUUACAGCAAACGUUCUGCAAGUCGCUACGAUAAACAGCUUAGGCGAUUUCAUUUUAUUCUUGGGCAAAUGCUUCGUCACUGCUGUAACAGGCUGCGUUGGUUUAGCUUUAUUCCGAAGAGAUGCAGAAUUGACAUUUUAUGCAGCUCCUACACUGGUCGUAUGCAUUUUUGCAUUCUUCGUUGCCCAUUGUAUCCUCUCGUUGUAUGAGAUGGUUCUUGAUACAGUGUACCUAUGCAUGUGUCAAAGUGGCGACGCCCCAGAUGGCAUCAAAAUGCAAAAUCUGGGGGUGACUACCAACGGUCAUCAGAAUGCUGAAACGGGACAACUAGAAGCUAAUUAAACUAAAUGGUUUGGUUAUUAAUAAUAUACUUCAUUCUAUAAUAGAUCGCUAAAACGAUGAUGAUCCUGUAACAACAACAACCGAGUUAUUUACAGUCUACACAAAGAUUUUGAUAUCUACAUAGUCAAUUAAUACAAAAUAAGAUUAAGUUCUAGCGGUUUUUCGAAAUAUUGCUGUAUUAACAGUAUGGAAUACAAUGGGUUUGAAUUAAGUUAGUUUUAGUUUAAAGUGUUAGCUGACAAGUGACAUCUAACAAAUGACAACCUAAGUUAAGGAAUGUUUGAUAUUACACAGUAGGUACGUCAUCAGUUUUAGGAUCUAUCUUUUCUAAUACGCAUAAUCUGCACGUGAUAAUGAUUUUUGAACUAUUAUUAAUGAACCAGGGCAGGGUUUAUAUACAUGGAAGAAACUAACGCACUGCUUUAAAGAUAUUUUUCUCAAAAUGUGUCUAGAAUUUCGUAAAAAGCAGUUUAUUCUUUUAUUUUUUGGUUACGAAAACUGACAAGGAUUUUUUUACUUUAUUUAUUUGUAUAUAUUGUUUAAUUUUCAGUUAUCAAGGUAGGCUUUUAAAAAAUAAUGAACUGUGUAUAUAAACUUUAUCUCGAAAUGGUAUUUUUACCUUAGCCUCGUGGAUUUUUUAGUAAAAACUAUUUUAUACUGUUUAUUAUAUAUUUUCAUAUUUUAUCAUUUUAUAAAAAUUCGUCUUUGAUAUUGAUUUACCUCUGAGAUGCUCAUUUCAAAUACUCAGGGACUUUUGAAGUCGUUUACACAAAUCUGCAAAAGUCGUAAUAAAAGUUUUUCUUUCAGUUUUGGAUCUAUGUCAUUAAUUAGUGUGUGAUAAUGGACUGCGACAUUAUUGUUGUAAAUAUAAUUAUAUAUAAUUUUUUUAUAAUUACUUAUAUUAUAUAUCAAUUAUUAUAUAAUUACAACAGAUUUUAUUAAUUUUACAGUUGAAAUUAGUAAAUAAAUUAAAAAUGUAUCGUUUAUCUCCAAAAAUCUAUUCACAACGUAUAAAAUAUGCAUCCAUCCAAUACUAUGCACAUUGCAUAAAGUGCCACAAUGAUAAACUACCAUAAAAGGAAAUGAUAGAAUCAAAUAAAGUCAACGUACAUCAAGAAUAUUUCUUUCUGUUUUUGAAAAUGAAGUUUUAUUAAACUUAGCUAUAGGCGGCAGCUAUAUUAUGAUGCAAAACAAUUGUUGUAAACUACAACACACACAUAACUUUCUUCCUAAAUCUAUGUACGUGUUAUUUAUUCUAACGCAAUAUUGUGUUCGUGUGUUUUGGAAUCUUCCAUUUUCUCAUGUGUCAAAACAUCACAUAUCACGUCAUAAUAGCCAAAAAAAUUGUCAAGAAUAUUUUAUACUUUCUUUCAGAGUUAAUGUGAUGUAUAAAUUCGAUAGAGAGAUUUAAUUUUAUUCAUAAAUCAGUCUUCACAAAUGAUAUGGAUCAAAAAUGAAAGAAAACCAUUUAUUAUAACCUUGAUACAACUUUUUUGUAGCAGAAAAAGUCUCAUAAAUUGGCAAUGCUCAUGGAAAUUAAAAAAUGGGUGUCUAUUAAAGUACAUUUAAGUAUUAUUUUUUACGGAAAGAAUGAAAUGAUGGUAUAGUAUUACGCUGCAGAAUACUGCAGAACGUAUAAGAAACUCAGAUUACUAAGAGGUGCUAAUGUGUCCAAAUCUCGCUUUAUUUGACACAAGAGAAUAUUUUUCUAUAUUUUAAUUGUUUGUAAACAAAGGAUCAGUAAUCUGCAGCUCUUGAGUAUGUUUUGAUUUGUGAAAAGAAGUAUUAUAAGUUUUAGUAAAUAUUAUUAAAUUAUUCAAAUGCACCUUUUUGAGGUGAUCCUCAAGAUUGCUUGGUGAUUUCUCAUUUCAGAUCAAAAGUACUAAUGACUGGGUUCUGAUGAUGAACUCUUGUUCAUUUGUAGUUAGCUAGAGAUCAGAAUCAGAAAAGCUGACGAUAGGAAGUAAUUUUGUGCAAUGAUAGCUGAUUUGGCCGCAACAAAACAAGUUUUGUGGUAGGUAACCUUAAAGGAACCUCUAUAUCAUACGUAAUCUGGAGCGCUCAUCUCUGUUGUUAAUACGCUUGAGACGUCCCUAAAUCUCCAUGAUUUCUGAGCUUAUUUCACGUUUUUAUAAAACAAAUGGAAUCUCCAGGACCGGUGUGUAUAGAUCACAAGUACUACAAAUUGAAUUCUGACGAGGAACAGUGUUAUACUCUGGAUAAAUUUUUGGUUAGUAUACGAUUAGAGCGAGGAAAGAAGCUAAGUUUCGCUAGCUGAUUGACGAUGUGCAUUGUUAAGGUGCUCGGGAAGCUACUCGAUCUGAAUGGAUUCUCUAAUUAUCUGGUAGACAAGAACAGCUGACGACAUGAAGUAAGCUUGGCGGAGAUGAUUGUAUAGUUUUCUAGUAGGUUUAAAUUAUGGAAUUGAUAAGAAAUAAGUAUUAGAAGAAACUUUGUGUGCAGUCAUCUGGGUUCCAUUAGAGUCUAGUACACUCAUCUCUAUUGUCGAGACACUCUAGACGUCUUUCUAUCUCAUUGGAUUAUCUGAUCAUCUCGUGGUUUGAGGAAACAAUAUCUGUGAUGCCGCGUUAGGGCGAAAGUGGAGUCAGGAUUGGAGCUCUUAGGUGCAUUUAGGAUUAUUUUGUUUGUAUAACUUUUAUCAAAUUGGGAAAAAUUGACAAAAUCAAUUUUAUAGGCAAAAUAUUUUUUUGGGAAUUUUUCCUGUAAAAUAUUUGACAUGAGAAGAAAGUAAAGAUAAUUUUGACAAACUUGAUAAAAUUCAUUAUUUUAUGACAUUAUUUCAUUCUUUGGGUAAAAUAAUAUACAUAUAUUAUGUAAACGGCUGUUUUAGCAGCUUAAAAUAUUUUUAUUAGGAGAAAAAACGUAUGAAGCUUAUUGGCAGCUUUAAAAUUUUGAUGUUAAUAACUGAAAACUAUUUUAAAAUAGUAAAAAAUGCUUAAAUAAGUCAAGCGAUAUUGAAUGUUGGUACUUAUAUGUCUAUACUAAGCUAUAUUGUUGCAAAAAAGUGCUAUAACUUUAAAAAGUUGCAUAUUAAAUACAUUAUGCAAAUGAUUGAAAAAAACAUUUAUUUAAUAUUAUAUAGAGAUUAUUUUGAAUGAUUUGGACUGAACGAUUAUUUAAAGUAGACACGGAAUUACUUUAUAACGAUUUUCCAUUUGUUUAUAUGAUAUUGAAUUAAUAAAAUAUUAAUCUUCUACUAAUAUCUACCCAUAAAAUAUCUAUACAUAUUUAGAUACAGUACCCGUAAUAUUAAACAUAUUUUUUAAUAAUUAAUGGGUAUAUUGUAAUAUCUAAUACAUUUUCUACAAUUUCUUCUAUAAAAAUGUGCCUAUAAUGGCAUAUUUUAUAACAUAAAUACAAAUAUAAAAUAAAAUACAAAAUAAAACAAAAUAUCAUUACCGGUUUGCUGUACAACUAGGUUUCUAGCCAUAAAAAAUACGAGGGUAAUUAUAACAAUCUAGAAUAGAAGUAAGCAAACGCACGAUUUUUGUUAUUAUAAGCUCCUCAAAGUAGUGUUAAAGUUUCAACUAUGAUCUUAUUGGUUGUUGUAAAACGAUGCCCUACGAGACAUUUUUUCAAGCUGGUAACCAGAAAUAGUCAAGAAGAUAAAUCUGGUGAAUAUGCUGGCUGGCAGAUGCAUUUGAAUCACAAUUGGUGUAGCUUUGUGGUGCACAUGGGAACGGCAAAUAGCCGCUUCUUAAGCAGUUGGGUUAGCCUGAGGGGAAAAAAUUAUUGAUGGGUUGUUCCGUCAAUGCUAGUUAAUAGCAGUGCUGCAUAAUUUUUUCAAAUAAUCAAUUUAAAAAAAACGCCUACAUAUAUUAAAAAACAUUUCAUCAACAUUACUGCUGAGUAGAUAGUCUUUGCCUUCUUCAAGGGGGGUUCGUUGCUUUUUCUCCACUGUUUGGACUGUUUAUUGCUUGUGACAUGUAGAACUGGACUUGCUAUCUCAAGAAUUUUAAUACUGCUAUGGGCCAUGAUCAUAUCGACUCUUUUAAUAAUUUCUAGAGUAGUGAAGGUUUAUAACGUACCUGGAAAUUUAUUUUCACACUCUUACAACCAUGAUAAAGGUUUAAGUCUUGAUGAAUUAGUGCCUUGAUCCAAAAUAUCAAAAGCAGAUAAUAAAACCUAUGUUACAAUCACAAAAAACCAUAAAAGAUUGAACCCAAAAAGUCAAAUAGAGUUCAUUCUGUGGAAAACAUCUCAAAAGUUCAUCCUAGAACGAAAUGUAUUGGAUCCGGCUUCUUAGAUUGACGAUCUUGGAAAUAGUGGCGCCGAAUCCAAAGACAAAGCUUUAAUUUAGCAACUUAAAGUUCAUAUUAAGAUGGCUGUUGCUUUCCAUGAUAAAUGCUGGUGUCUCGAGAGGACUUUGUGCUUAUCUCGCUGACAUUUUCAACUGACAAUAUCAUCUGAUUCUUAGAGGUACAAAAUGAAGAGAACUCUACAGAGAAAAGUUGACAAAAGCCGUAUCGUAGGACAAAUCCUCUGAGUGGUCAAAAAAAGCCACACCUACCAAGUUGCACAUAUAUAAGUAGAGCUAGAAUAAACGCUACCAGCAAAGGAAAAGUAUAAGAUGAUUACCUGAUUAUUAAAUCAAAGGAAUUAACAAAGCAUUACCCAAAAUUAUUGCCAUCUAUCGAAGGCUAGAUUAAUUUCAAAUGACUCUCGUAUUUUAAACAUUAUUAUGUGCCAAAUAUGUCAAUAAUGUUUCGUCAAUGACAGCCAGUACAGUUUCUAACUUAUGAGGAAGAUAAAACUCUUUAAGAAUCUAUAUCUAUGCAGUUAUUCAUUGACCUUGAAAACCUCACGUCUGUAUUUAUACUUACUGAACCUAAUAUACUUUUAUAAUACACGAUACAUUUUGGCAAUACUGGUGCGCUCGAAAUUGUUCUAAACCGAUUAUCGUUGAAGAAGGACUUUACUUUGCAACACUGUAUGAAAAAACUCUUUCAUUUGUAGAGCUACUCCAGUAAACUAGUUGCCAAUAUGUCUCCUAAUCAACAAAUAUAUUGGAGAUUAUGAACUAAUUUAGCAGAAAUUGUAGAAAAUUCUCAAGACUAAUAAGCACCACUAUCUAAUUUUGUUUAAAAUGCUUGUAAAUGUAUUUUUUUAUUAUGGUACAGCACGUCAAAAGUUUUAACAUAAAAUAGUAGCUUGUAUCGCGAUAAUAUCGAAAACUCUUAUAAAAUAAAUUAGUGUAAUGUAAAAUAUAUCAAUUAAACGCAUACAAUCUCGCUUAAAUAGAAUAAUAUCCAGCCCAGGUUUAAUAUAGUAUGUAAUAUAUAUUUUUUAAAGAGUGCGUACUCAUUUUUGCAUCUCAAAUGCAAAAACUGAGUUCACAGAUGUUUGGCAAUCAUAAUAUAUUACAUAACAAUCAAGCAUUGUGAAGAUGAGUUUAAUAUUCAUUAAAGUAAAUUAAUACUUAUUACCAGUAAUACUUAAUACAAUUAGCAGUAUCUCAUGGAUCCAAUUGGCAUAAUUAUUUUAUUUUCAAGCUCAUUAUAUAAGCCUGGACUGGAACUAUAUAGUUAUAUUUUGUUAUAACUUUCUAACUGGCAUAGAACUUUAAAAAAUUAAUAUAUUAGAACUUAAAUAAUAUCUUUAUACAAUGAAAUAGAAUAUUUAUGUUUUUAAUUAUAUCUCAGAUUUCUUUUAAAUAUAUAAAUAAAGUAAAAGCUUAAUCUAAAUAGCCUAAGUCCCCCUAAUCUCCCCACAAUAUAUCGUAACAUAAAUAUGCGCGUGAAAAAUAGUUUUAAGGAGUCCUAGACGGUCAGUAGUGUACUAUAUCCGUUUAUUGUACAAGCUUACUGAACAAUACUGUUGUUUGAUUUCACAAUAUUAUUGUAAAAUAGGUUCACCUCUGACUUAUUAUCAUCAGUCAACCAUUGAAACAUAUAUAAAGCAUGUAGUUUGUACAGGUGGUCAGUAUUAUCGAACAACAUCAAUUAUUGUGAAAUAUAUUGGGUCCAAGGCGCCUAAAAUCGAUAAAAUAGCAAUACAAUUAGUUUGUAAUACAAUGCAAACAGAACACACAACGCCUAUGCACAUAUAUAAUGUAGAACGAAUAAACUAUUUCUCUCAUUCCGAUUCUUUCCAAGGAAGUAAAUAUAUAUAUAUAUAUAUAUAUAUAUAUAUAUAUAUAUAUAUAUAUAUAUAUAUAUGUAUUUAUAUGUAUUUAUAUACCAGCGAAGUGUUGAUAAGUUUACCGAUGUUUGAAAGUAUUCAACGAACUUAGUCGACUAUUCGCUCAUGAUUCGCACCGGUAUGUAGAAUGUAUAUUAUUACGGGGACAAAUUUUAUGGAACUAUUUUACAUUUCACUUAUUCACAUUGGCGAAGCAUACACAAUAAAAAUGACCGCGGUAAGAAUUUACUUCUGACAUUUAACAUUGUUGCCGUUAGGUCUAAGUUCAAUUUGUAGAUGAGUCACCUUUAUUUGAGGCGUUCAGAACCACAGUGGAUCAUGUUCAUAAUACAUAAGUCAGAGAUAUUUAGAGUUAAAGGUAACAAGCUCUCCACUAUUACAUAAUACACCAACGAAUCAAUUCUAAGUGAAAACCUCAUGUAAUAUGUAGUUUAAAUAAUUAAACUGUGUGCAAUAUUAAAUAAAUAACCUUUUUGGAAAUAACUGGAGACUCUUGAAAAAAAUUGGACUUGAUUCAUUAUUACUCUGAAAUAUUUGAUGAAAAAAAUAAAUGGAUUAAAAAAGGAAGUAUGACAAAACUGGAAUUUUAAGUUAGAAAAAAUAAUACCAAAUAAAAAACUUAUAACAACAAUCUUCAAUAAUACUCUCACAGCUUAAGUGGCAUUAGGUUUAAUCAUCAUAGACCAGUUCAUGAUCGUCUAUGUCGUCUUAUUCACCCUGUUGCUGGAUUCGUGAACGGGUUCCUGUGUUGAUGCAGAGAUCUUUAAAAGUUAAGAUAGUGUGUGACUGGUGGCAUAUAUGGAAGGAGAGACAGCAUGUCCUUUUUCUUUGCUUCUAUCACGAGUCUAGGUGUGGAGUACAGAUGACUAAUGAAUUUUGAGACAUUUGUUUUGGCUAUCGACACAGUAAAAAACGGAAUUUUCUCUCUCGUACCUCAUCCAUCUUAUUCUCACAACGCCACUUCACAGGUGCUCCAUCACUAUCUUUUUUCCAAUUUACAAGCACAUCUAUGUUCUUUGUCGACACAAUGUCGCUCCUUUUUAUGUUAGCUACUUCAAAAGGCACUGUCAAUUUUGAAGUUUUUAUUACAUCAAUCCAGUCGUCGGGCCUAAAGAUGUGAGAAGAUUUUCUGGCAGCCUUUUCAAUAACCCCAAAAUAUCUGUCGUUUGGCAAAAAGGAGUGUCCAGAUACAAGAAACUUGUGAUCUAUAGUUCUUAUGUUUAUUUAAGCACCUUGAACAAUAUUCAGUAACGUGGCAGCCACUUUAAAAUUUGUGUUUUGUCCUGUACAUGAUUUGAAUAGAGAGUUACGUGGUUAUGAUUUUUGGCAUGUUUUCUCAGAUGCAUGGUCAAUAUUGAAGAUAUUUCCUGAGAUCCUCUACCAUCUGUUUCGUCCCACACAUUAAUAAAGCCGUUGUUUUUGUUGAAGGAAUGAAUUCCUAGGUAAUAGACAUACAUAUUGUUGUUCAAUUAUUUUAAAAACUUAUUGAACAAUACUACUUAUUACGCUAUAUGAUAUAAUAUUGUGAAGUACGUUCAAGUCUGAUUGUAUAAACGGUCAGUAUUACCGCACAGUAUCAAUUAUUGUGCAAUAUAUUUCGACCAGGUCACCUAAUCGUGUGAUUACUAAUAUAUGUGCGAAAAUUAAUUUUAGGUUAGGUUAGGUUACGUUGAAUAUCACUACAAAAACUAUUGCACAAUAAUUUGUUUUCUCUAUCAAGUACAAUAGUAUUGUGCAGUAAGUUCAGAAUAUUGUGCAAUAAUAAUUAUUCUGACGUUAAUCUAUGAAAUAAAAAAAGCUUGGGUUUGAAUAGAUUAUCAAUAUUAUUGCACAAUAUCAGACACUGUGCAAUAUAUUGGGGCUGUCUAGGGAUUAUCUUGUAAGAUAGAUUGUAAAAAAAUAUUUAUUUGCUACAUUUUACAUUUGUAACUCAUAGGAAUAAAAAAAGUCCACGAUAUAUAGUAACAUACUAUU